AUGGAACCAAGAAUGCGAGCUAGUGAUGAACAAUUUUCGACCCUUUUGGAGUUCAUGGAAAGUCACGGCGAUCUAUCAAAUUCCCGAAGUGGUCCUCAAGGGCGCUUGAAAUCGGAGCGGCUGUGGUGUGAAUUGACAACCAUAUUAAACUCAAUCGGUGGUGGAGUAAAUAAAUCGGCAGACAAAUGGAAAAAGAAUCUGUGGCUUUAUCGCCCGCGCCUGCUACUCCUACGCCAUCUGCUAGUUGGCAGCCACAGCAUAUAA